GAUCUUCUCCGCCCCCGCUACCCGGCGCCCUCUCUGCGGCCGCUGAGCCGGAGCCGGCCUGAGCAGCACGCUUCGCAGCGGCUCGGUUUCCGAGGACCUAGGCGCUCGUGUGGGCAACCCUACGUCCCUCACUAGCUCCGGUCCCCUGGCCUACGCGGCCCACUUUCCGCGCGCCAGCCCCGCCGGGGUCCGUGUCCUGUUUCGCCGGCCGGACCCGGGCUCGAGCCCGAGCUGUAGCCAGCGCCAUGUCGGUGGUGGGCAUAGACCUGGGCUUCCAGAGCUGCUACGUUGCUGUGGCACGCGCCGGUGGCAUCGAGACCAUAGCUAAUGAGUACAGCGACCGCUGCACGCCGGCUUGCAUUUCUUUUGGUCCUAAGAAUCGGUCAAUUGGAGCAGCAGCUAAAAGCCAGAUCAUUUCCAAUGCAAAGAACACAGUCCAGGGAUUUAAAAGAUUCCAUGGCCGAGCAUUCUCUGAUCCGUUUGUGGAGGCAGAAAAAUCUAACCUUGCAUAUGAUAUUGUGCAAUUACCUACUGGAUUAACAGGUAUAAAGGUGAAAUAUAUGGAGGAAGAACGAAAUUUUACCACGGAGCAAGUGACUGCCAUGCUUUUGUCCAAGCUGAAGGAGACAGCAGAAAGUGUUCUUAAAAAGCCUGUUGUGGACUGUGUUGUUUCAGUUCCUUGUUUCUAUACUGAUGCAGAAAGAAGGUCAGUAAUGGAUGCAACACAGAUUGCUGGUCUCAAUUGCCUGCGAUUAAUGAAUGAAACUACUGCAGUUGCUCUUGCAUAUGGAAUCUAUAAGCAAGAUCUUCCUGCCUUAGAGGAGAAACCAAGAAAUGUAGUUUUCAUAGACAUGGGGCAUUCUUCUUAUCAAGUUUCUGUAUGUGCAUUUAAUAGAGGAAAACUUAAAGUUCUGGCCACUGCAUUUGACACAACACUGGGAGGCAGAAAAUUUGAUGAGGUGUUAGUAAAUCACUUCUGUGAAGAAUUUGGAAAGAAAUACAAGCUAGACAUAAAGUCCAAAAUCCGCGCGUUACUACGCCUGUCUCAAGAGUGCGAGAAACUCAAGAAGCUGAUGAGUGCCAAUGCCUCUGACCUCCCUUUGAGCAUUGAGUGUUUCAUGAACGACGUUGAUGUGUCUGGGACUAUGAAUAGAGGCAAAUUUUUGGAGAUGUGUGAUGAUCUCUUAGCUAGAGUGGAGCCACCACUUCGUAGUGUUUUGGAACAAUCCAAGUUAAGGAAAGAAGAUAUUUAUGCAGUGGAGAUAGUUGGUGGUGCGACACGAAUCCCUGCAGUAAAAGAGAAGAUUAGCAAAUUUUUUGGUAAAGAGCUCAGUACAACACUAAAUGCUGAUGAAGCUGUCACUCGAGGUUGUGCACUGCAGUGUGCAAUCUUAUCGCCUGCUUUCAAAGUGAGAGAGUUUUCCAUCACUGAUGUGGUGCCGUAUCCCAUAUCCCUGAGGUGGAACUCGCCUGCUGAAGAAGGGUCCACUGACUGUGAAGUCUUUCCAAAAAAUCAUGCUGCUCCUUUCUCUAAAGUACUCACAUUUUAUAGAAAGGAACCUUUCACUCUUGAGGCCUGUUAUAGCUCUCCUCAGGAGUUGCCCUAUCCAGACCCUGCUAUAGCUCAGUUUUCUGUUCAGAAAGUCACUCCUCAGUCUGAUGGCUCAAGUUCAAAAGUCAAAGUCAAGGUUCGAGUAAAUGUCCAUGGCAUUUUUAGUGUGUCCAGUGCAUCUUUAGUGGAAGUGCACAAGUUUGAGGAAAAUGAGGAACCGAUGGAAACAGAUCAGAAUGCAAAGGAGGAAGAGAAGAUGCAAGUGGACCAAGAGGAACCACAUGUUGAAGAGCAACAGCAGCAGAUGCCAGCAGAAAAUAAGGCUGAGUCUGAAGAAAUGGAGACCUCCCAAGCUGGAUCAAAAGACAAAAAGAUGGAUCAACCACCUCAAGCUAAGAAGGCAAAAGUGAAGACCAGUACAGUGGAUCUGCCAAUUGAGAAUCAGCUGUUAUGGCAGAUAGACAGAGAGAUGCUCAACUUGUACAUUGAAAAUGAGGGUAAGAUGAUCAUGCAGGAUAAGCUGGAGAAGGAGAGGAAUGAUGCUAAGAAUGCAGUAGAAGAAUAUGUGUAUGAAAUGAGAGACAAGCUCAGUGGUGAAUAUGAGAAGUUUGUGAGUGAAGAUGAUCGUAACAGUUUUACUUUGAAACUAGAAGAUACUGAAAAUUGGUUGUAUGAGGAUGGGGAAGACCAGCCAAAGCAAGUUUACAUCGAUAAAUUGGCUGAGUUAAAAAAUCUAGGUCAGCCUAUUAAGACAAGAUUCCAGGAAUCUGAAGAAAGACCAAAAGUGUUUGAAGAACUAGGGAAACAAAUCCAGCAGUAUAUGAAAGUAAUCAGCUCUUUCAAAAACAAGGAGGACCAGUAUGACCAUUUGGAUGCUGCCGAUAUGAUGAAGGUGGAAAAAAGCACAAAUGAAGCCAUGGAGUGGAUGAAUAAGAAACUGAAUCUGCAGAACAAGCAGAGUCUGACUGUGGAUCCAAUUGUCAAGGCAAAAGACAUUGAAGCUAAAAUUAAGGAGCUGAUGAGUAUCUGUAGCCCUAUAAUUUCAAAGCCCAAACCCAAAGUGGAACCUCCAAAAGAGGAGCAAAAAAAUGCAGAGCAGAACGGACCAGUAGAGGGACAAGGAGACAGCCCAGGCCCUCAGGCUGCUGAGCAGGGCACAGACACAGCUGUGCCUUCGGAUUCAGACAAGAAGCUUCCUGAAAUGGACAUUGAUUGAUUCCAACAAUUGUUUAUAUUAAAACAGACUAUUAUAAAGCUUUAAGUUGUCAGCUUUGUUCUAAAUAUCAACUAGAGCAAUCCAGUACUGGACAUUUCUUAGUCAGUUUUUAGGGGAUUUCAGGAGAAGGGAUAUUGGUAGUGUAUGGAGCAUUUUGACUUCUAAAUAGUUACAUACAGAAAUUAAGUGCAUUGUAUCUUUUUCAUAAUGGUACUAUUUAGAAACCCCAGUUAGGCUUACCGAGCUCAUGCCUCACUCCCUUUAUGUUUAAAUUGUGCUUAUACAAAGAUACGUUUGUUUCCAGAAGUUGAGCUAUAGCAAAAACUAUAACCCACUAUCAAGCAGACUUUUCAUUAAGACAUACAUGGCAGGAACCCUAAUUGCGCUUCAAAAAUCUGUGGUGGAGAUUGCCACAAGGUCUCCCCGCCUGGUGUGGGGACGGGGGUGGGGCUAGAGGGCUAGAGCAUGGCAUGGCAUGGAUUAAUACAGAGUAACAGGUAUGCUCGCUCUGAGUUUCCCGAUUUGGCUUCACCUCAACUCCCACCCUUUUCCUAGUCCCUGCCCCGUGAAGGAGCUCCCAUUACAAAAGCUGUGUGCUGCUCCGGGGAAACAGGCCCCUUCCCUGGAGCAAGUUAGCUGAGGAUUGUAGACCUGAAAGCCCUUAGAAAUUACGUCCUGAAGUAUUUCACUCUUAUCCCAGGCGCCAAGUCUCUGAAUAAUCUUCUCUUUGGGAAUUUAGAAUCGGGUAGAUGUAUUGUUGGAUGUAAGUAUGAUAAAUUGAUUCUUAUUAAUUAUGGUGCAGAGAUUUGUAUCCUGGCCUCCUUAUUCAGCUGAGAGAUGUUCUAUAAAUUUGAGGUAUAGCCUGAAGUUCUAGGACCAGAGUUAAACAAAUUUUUUAAUCUCAUUCACAAUCACUAUGUGUUAAGUGUUAAUAUCUGUCAUGAAUAUGCCAAUUUGUACAUUUUAAACAGCUGACAGAUCAUACAAAAAACUAAGAUACACUGGGUUGUACUGGAUAACUCUGAAAUUAGUGUUAAAGAAGUGUGGUGCUUGACUCUAGCAACACCUCAUUCUUACUGUGCAGCCGAUGUCAGGAGCACCAAAGCAUUUCCUGUGACUGCCAUUUGGGGCAUUGUUGAUAGGAGUGAGGCACUUGGGGAACUCCAAGGGAAGCCUGUAUUAGAGGCCAGAGCUGGUACCUACCCUAAAAACCUGUAAGCUUUGUUGGUUACAUUUUGGAUCAUUGUAAUAAUUGUUACUCUGUAUAACAGAGUGUCUCUCUGUUAAUUUUGGCCUAAUGUUGUUAGAAAUAUAAUAUACCUUGUGUAUUCUGUCCAUCUGCGCACUAAAAAAUUUUAGGGUGUUAACAACUUCUAAAGUGCUAUAGAGACUUUGCUGAGAGAGAAGGGGAGGUGGAAGUGUUUUAUGUUGGUGUGUAAGCAUGCGUGGGAGCCAGGAAUUGGCCCCGUUCUUAGAGCAUCCUUGACUCAUCUCUACCUGUCAUGCUUCCAGAGUUCCAGCUACUUUUGAGUGCUAGCUGCAGGAUUAAGCCAACUCUUUGCAACUAACUCAGUCCUUAAAGGCCAUUUCUAAUAAAAAAAAAUAAAUAAAUUUGUGUGUGGGGGAGGGUGUGGGUGUCGGGAUAGGAGUAAAUUUGAAGUUUAAAGUUUAGAACUAAGAUGAUAUGGUCUGCUUACUCUCUGUUUAGAUAGGCUUUAAGACCAUUUGGAUUUACAUGGCGGCCAGGCCAGAGAGUGUGAUAAUUGAUGACUUAUGUGCAGACGAGCAUUUAUUCAGGUUGCGUUAUCCAAAUUGGUUUGUUAAAGCUCCAGGUCACGUUCUUACACGAAGAAAAACAUUCAGUAAACAUGAGACAAGUUUAGGGAAAAUUAAUAAAAGAAACCUGUCUUACA